CGUCAGGCAGGGGCGGGGCAUGUUAAAGCCACAUUUACGCAUACUGCUGAGUGUAGUGUAGUGUGUGCAAUAGGUUUCCACGCCGGUUAUAGCAAAGCCGUAAAAAAUAUUAGGUUUAGCUGUUCAUUUAUUGAAUUUAGGAGUUAGUUAACGUGCCGAACAACAGAAAAAAACGGAGUAGCUCAAUGUUAAUGACAAGUAAACUCGAAAAGUGAAAACAUGGAGACGUAGUAAAGGCUAAAUGCCACUGAAUAGCCCUGAAAUACGUCUCCACAUUAGGAACACUUUACUAACAGUACCAUAGUGAGUAUAACAACGUAUUGUAUGUGUUGGUACAGAGGAGGCUCGCAGCCAUGGCAGGCAAGGGUCGUGGAGUGGCUGCCUUCACCUUCAACAUUGAGGCUCUGGGCAUCGGCAGGGGCAGCAUGCCAGAAGCCAGGGUGGGGCCCAGCCCGCUGUUUCCAAACACAGACUUUAAGCCGGUGCCUCUGAAAGCUGGGGAGGAUGAGGACUACAUGCUGGCCUUAAAACAGGAGAUGAGGGGAACGAUGCAGCAGCUACCACAUAACAUCAAGCCUCAGUCUAAUAAAGCAGAAGUGGAGAGAUACACGGAGAGAUACCUGAAGCUAAGACAGAUAGACGAUGAGAAUUGGACUCCAGACUGGAACCUCCUCCCAAAAGAAUUGAUGCCCCAGAAGAAAAAACCUCGCGCUAAACCAGACGCAAAGAAGAAAACUGUGAAGAUAUCGCGCAAAGACACCGAGGCUAUGCUGACUAAAUUAGAUGAACUGGAAAAGAAAGGUGACGGGAACCCUGAAAAAUCCGACGAUGAAACGGAAAAGAAAAAAGGGAAUGACGAAGAGGAAGAAGAAGAAAUCGAAGCGGAAGAAUAUGACGAAGAGGAUGUUGAAGAGGAAAACGACUACAUUGACAGCUAUUUUGACAAUGGCGAAGAUUUUGGCGCAGGCAGUGAUGACAAUAUGGACGCAGAGGCUACAUACUGACACUGACUCAUCCACGCAAACUCGCCGUUGAAGUAAACGAUCACGUGAUUGUUUCUAUUGGUUAAAUAUUGUAGAUAAGUUGGGGAUGCUGUUUAGCAGAGUGAUAGUUUUUGGUUUGCUUUAUUUGGUGUGAUUUUUGAGAGGCGAGCUUUCCUUUUAAAGACUUUUGUAAAUAAGAGAUGCCAAACUAUGUGCACACUGGCAAUAAUUUAUUCAAAAUAGAUGUAUUUAUUUUCCAGCCUGUGGCACAUUUCCACAGGUUGAAAGGCACAUACUGUCAACAUGAAAUGCUUUUUCAGAAAGUAUCAAGUGAACACAGUGAUAAAAUAAAAGGGCUAUAUAACAAAUUCUAAAAAUCAUAAUUACAAGAAUGGUCAUUGUGGGAAUAAUGUGCAUUUCCCAUUUUCCUCACAGCUCUGAGUUUUUUUUUUUUUUAUGAAAAAACAAAAAUUUCAAGCAACUUUCAUGGAAAUUUAACUGGUACUUCCCAAUACUGAGGGUGUAAGUAAAGACUAAAUGCUCAAUAGACUUGAAUUAAAUUAACUCUAUAUUAAACUCAAUGGUAGCAAUCAUACUUUCCCAGCAAAUGGCGUUGGAAAAUCCACUAUUUCUAACAUGGCAAACUAUUCAGUUGGACCAAACUGCUUUAAAAUCCAAAUCCACAGAAUGACUCUCUUCCAUCGCUGAGGAACCAGAAAUGGGUUAAGUGUGUUGCUGUCUGUUCCGGUUUGUUUUUGAACUCGUUGGAUACAGUUUGUAUGUAGCUUACUAAGAAUACCAGCAGCAUAGAAACAUCACCUCAAUUCUACUGGCCACACUGAUAAGUCAGCCAAGGAUAACGUGUUGUUUUUAGCCCAAUGAUCGUCCUUGUUGAAAAGCAUACAACUGUAAAUGGAUGACUGUGGCCACACCCUAAUUCCUAGUUUUUCAACCAUAGAAAAAUUCUCAUUAU